GAGGCUCUUGCAUGUUAGACUCUGCAAAGACGCGAGAGAUUGAGACGUGAAGAAUAAAAUAGGAGGAAAAAAACCCUAAAAGCGCACCAAAAAUAUAUUUUUUUCUCUAUCUGUUCUUGAAAGAAACAAUAUGGUGACCCAAAGAUUGGAGAUUUGCAUCGAGCUGAUGAAGUUGGCCGUCGAUAUCGUCGUUGCCGUGACUGAAGCCCUCGACGGAGCAUUUUUCCGGCAGCCUCCGCCGUCUUCCUCAGGCGUAAACGGUUGUAUGAGCAAUUACUCUGCCGUUCCCGUUCCUCUUGUUGGGUUCCUCCCUUGAAUUUUCUCCUUUUCUUUAAUUUUUUUCUCUUUUAAAUCCCUUUCGCUGUUGCUUUGAUUUGCCCAUAAGGUUGUUGAAGAUCUUGCUCACUUGUAUUAAAAGCCAAAAAGAUUUGCAGUUUAGUUGCUCGAGAAUAAAGGCAUGGUUCUUUUA